CUGGUUCCCAAAAUUUUCCAUAAGACACAAUUAAUGUCGUAGGCGCUAGGAACAAUCUCACACGUGUCAAACAAAUGUUUUAUUCGGAAUUUAAUGACGGGAUUCAUUGAAACUAAUGGCAUUUAGUGUCACCCGGUGUUCCCGCGGAAAUGUCAACAUCAACAAAAAUGGAAAGCUCGAGUUUGGUAUACAUAUUGGAUGCUAAAAUUCAGAAACAACGCUUGAAAGAUAUGAAAAAUUCGGCAUCCAAAAGAAAAAUAAAAGUUACAGACACAUUUAGCAUAGGAGUUACUCACCUUGUAACUGAGUUUAAGGAGUAUGAUCAAGUUCUAAGGAAACUGGAUCUAACAAAUCAGUCCAGUCUUGAUGGCAUAGAAGUUGUUACAUUGCAAUGGUUUGCUGACUGUAUAAGAGCUGGGAAAGUGGUUGAUGUGGAACAAAAACACAGACUACAGAGGGCUGUAACUCAAAGAAGUGAAGAGGUUGAAAGACCAAGCCAGUCAUCAGGUUUACCAGAGUAUGCCUGUCAAAGAGCCACUCCAUUACAGCAUAUGAAUGAAAAGUACACAAAAGCAUUAGAAGUGUUGGAGAAGUAUGCUGACUUACGUGAAAGUGACCAUGAUUAUUCCAGGGCGCUAGCCUUCAGGAGAGCUUCAUGUGUGUUGAAGUCGUUACCUUUUGCUUUAUCUAGUAUACAACAGUUACGCAAUAUCACAAAUAUUGGAGACCAUAGUAAACGAGUGAUACAGGAAAUUCUAGAAGAUGGAGAGUGUCCAGAAGUUGAAAAUAUUUUGAAGGAUCCAUGGUUUCAUAAAAUGAAGUUGUUCACAGAAAUAUUUGGUAUUGGACCAUCAACUGCCAAACAGUUCAUAGCUAAAGGCUGGAGUACAAUAAACGAGGUCAGGAAUGGUCAUAAGUCAGCUGAUUGGAGAGUCCAGUGGGGACUUGCUUUCCAUGAGGAUCUUAUAACACCUGUUGUAAGGCAGGAAGCUUGUUACAUCUAUGAACUUGUCCUUAAACAUCUCAGAAAAGUUCUCCCAGGGGCAAUAGCAACAGUCACUGGAGGAUUCAGGAGAGGUAAAGCCAGUGGACAUGAUGUAGAUAUACUAAUCACCCAUCCAACAGAAGACAAGGUAACCGGGGCACUACCAAGACUGUUACACAGUCUGGAAGCCACGGACACGAUUCUUCACGGUCGCCAUGAACGUAGCACAUACACAGAUGAUGUGAUAUCACGAAAUACUAAACUCAGCACGAGGGGACAGUUAGACCACUUUGAGAAGUGGAUUGGUAUCAUAAAAGUUCCGAAGAAAAUAAAAGCAAACUCUGAUAACGAAGGAAAUGGUGUAGUUCUUAAUGUCAAUGAAGGUCCAGUGACUGAUAAAUCUAGAAAACUAUGUAACGGAGCUCAUAAGCUAGUUAAUGAAAAUACAGAUGUUAAUGAAAAAGAUUAUGACACUGUAACAAAUUCUACUUCAGUAAUUUAUUCAAGGAAUGGGGCUAGCGAAAAUGCAUCUAAUGUGAUGAAUUUAGAAAAUGAAGAAAAUUUAGAAAAUGAUGUUUCUCUUGACGAAGUAAGAAAUGAGCAGGUGGCAUCUUUAGAAGGAAGUGUAGAUGUUACAGAGUUAAGGUCGGUACAAGGUGAAAGGUCACAUGACCAAACACCGGCUGAACUUGCUGCAGGGGAAAGAGACUGGCUUGCGAGGAGGGUUGACCUGAUUGUAGCACCAUACAGUCAAUAUUACUACGCAUUGGUUGGAUGGACGGGUAGCAAACAGUUUAACAGAGAUGCUAGAACUUAUUCUGAUAGAAAACUGAAUAUGAUGUUGACAAGUCAUGGACUGUAUGAUAAAACUCUUGGGAAGAAAAUCCCAGCUUCAAGUGAGAGAGAAGUUUUUGAUAAUUUGAAAUUGCCGUAUCAUGAGCCAUGGGACAGAAAUUGUUAAUUUUAUAAUCCAUCCAUUGCUGGAAUAGAAAGUGACUUAAGAUUUGCCAACAAUACAAGGGCCAGGCCAGCCUGCAUAUACUUGCAGUAAGCCCAGGCUCUAUCAAUUUAAAAAUUUUCAUCUUGUCAUCCCCAAAAAUGAUAAUGAACAGUUCCUGAAUGGGAGCUGGGCAAGUCCAUUUACAAAAGAUAUAUGAUUGGGUAUUUUUAUUGUCCCAGAAAAUACUUAUUCACUUUAUCUUUACUUAUGGCCAAUUUGGCCCAAAAGGAAAAGAUGGUGCUGUAAUAUGAGUAUCAAUUGUUUAAUUUAAAAGCUUUUAAGAAAUGAAAAUAUUAGUAUAUUUUGGGCCUUGAUUGGCUUUAAAUAAGACUUCUAAGUAUUUAAAAGAAUGCUGCUCUUUCAUUUAUUCAAUUAUGCCACUUAGUUGAGUUAGUACUUUGUAACCUGUGUGUUAAUUUUAGUCCUUUGGAACCUUUUUAGUUGUUAGUAUAGUUAUCUUCCUUGUUAUUUGUGCUUCCUUUUUUAUAACAUUCAAUUUCGAUGCAAAUCAUGUUGAAAAGUUGUGUUGUUGUUUUUUUUUGUAUUUGCUUCCUGAUCAGCAUUACAACGUUUUAUAAACAUUUAUCUGUGAUUUUUUUGUUGUUUUAUUUUAUAAACAGAGACCUCUUGAUUAAAUGUUUUCUUCCAAUGUUGCAAUGAAAUUUUCA